UAAAUAACCAUAGCUACUUGAAAAACUUUAUCAAGCUAAGGGUGAAAAAUACUUAAUAAGGGCAUCAUAUUUCACAUAGAAAAAUAGCAAAGUUAACAUUGCUUGAUUGUUUGUGUAUUACUAAAUGGAGCCGUCACAAAACCAAUCAAAAGUAGAUGAAAGUAUGGGAAUUAUAGUGGAAAAAAACCCUUCAAAAUCAAGACUAGCUGAAUUAGGCAUUACUUCUUGGCCCAAAUGGGCUUGUGCAGCAGGGAAAUACAAGUUGAGAUAUGAUGCAGAAGAGACAUGUUAUUUGGUGAAAGGCAAAGUUAGGGCAUACCCAAAAAGGAAAGGUGGGCAGUCAACAGAAUCAACAACAUCCUAUGUUGAAUUUGGAGCAGGAGAUCUUGUUACCUUCCCUCAAGGACUUAGUUGUACUUGGGAUGUUUCUCUUGCUGUUGAUAAAUUUUAUACAUUUCAUCCUUCUUCUUCUUCACCUCCACAUCCUUAGGAAUACUUGGCUCAUGUGACACUCUCUCUAUGCAUAACAAAUGUCGUCUUAUUUGGAAUUUACACAAAUAUUAACGUAAGGAGACUCCAAUAAAAAUGUCCACAUCGAGACAUUUGAGGGUGAACUGACCUAAAAGAAAUAAAACGCUUACUCUGAAUUAGAGGGAGUAUCAAUCUUUUGUUAUUUAAUCCUCACCAUAUACUAAAUUAUAAUGAUAUAGUUAUACAUUUAUAGAUGCAAUUAUGUAAUUUACCAUGAAUUGUAAAAAAAUGGUAGUUUGUCUUAUUUCAUUGGCGAAGUUAUUGAUUGAGUUUGUUUAUUAAAAUCACUAUGACAAAAAGGUUGAGUUUGAA